AUGUUCGAAAAGGACACCGGAAAGUCAAGCUCUCGAGACGUUCAAGAAGCGGAGGCAAAUCGAAAGCUUGCUAUAUUCGAGAGGGCCCACAGAUGGGAUCCGAAUCUGGAAGACAGUCAACUAGAUGACAUUGAUGAUGCAGUCAAUACUCGAGAUCCAAAUGCAGAGGGCAAGAUAUACGAUGAAGUGUUUGAGAAUUCUCCGUAUCCAGAAGUCCGAGCUGCUGUCAGGAAUUACGAUGUAGACCUACCUGCCAACACUGUGCGUGCCUGGGUUAUUGGUAUGCUGCUAAAUACAAUCGCUUCUGGGCUCAACGCAUUAUUCUCGAUGAGAGCUCCAACCCUCACGAUCACCUCCAUCGUUGCCCAGCUUGUUGCGUACCCACUCGGUGUUGGAUGGUCAAAGGUCAUGCCGUCACGAACAUUCAACACGUGUGGCCUCAGGUGGAGCCUUAAUCCUGGCCCGUUCAACCUCAAAGAGCAUGGCUUGAUUGUCAUUAUGGCCAACGCUGCAUUCGGAUCAGGUGUUGCCUAUUUCACAGAUACACUUGUGGCACAGCGAGGUUUCUAUGGCCAAAACUUUGGCUGGGGUUUCAACAUUCUAUUCGCUGUCACAACCCAAUGUAUCGGAUUCGGUAUCGCAGGACUGAUGCGCAGAUACCUUGUCGAGCCAGCUUCGAUGAUUUGGCCUCAGACUCUUGUCAAUACUGCAUUCAUAUAUGCUCUACACGAUCAUAGCAAAACAGACCCAGCGAAAUCCAAUGGGUGGUCGAUUGCUAGAUAUCGUUGGUUCUUCUAUGUCUUCAUUGGGUCUUUCACGUGGUACUGGUUUCCUGGAUAUAUCGCAAAGUUCUUGAGUGUCUUCGCUUUUGUGACGUGGAUCCGACCGAAAAGUCCUACUAUCAAUCAAAUCUUUGGAGGCUGGACUGGCAUUUCUCUCAUCCCUAUCACUUUCGAUUGGACCCAGAUCACUGGCUACAAUCUGAAGUCACCUCUGAUUCCGCCAUGGUUCGCCAUCGCCAACACUUUGGUGGGAACAAUCUUUUGGUUUUGGAUUGUCACAUCGGCACUACAUUUCAGCGGUCACUGGUAUGCGGAGUAUCUUCCCAUCAGUGAUUCCAACAGCUAUGACAACACGGGCAAAGCGUAUAAUGUAACUAGAAUAUUAACACCAGAGUACACAUUAGACGUAGCGAAGUACCAGAAAUACUCGCCACUUUUCCUCUCGACCACUUUCUCGCUGUCUUACGGCCUAGCAUUUGCAUCCAUAGCUGCUGUCCUAUUCCACACCAUUCUCUUCCAUGGCCAGGAAAUCUGGAUUCAAGCCCGGUCUGUAAGAGGUGCCCUGGACGACAACCACACUAAGAUGAUGCGGAAGUAUAAGCCUGUUCCUGGCUGGUGGUAUGGAGCAUUGUUCCUCGUGAUGAUUGGUCUGAGCUUCGCGACGGCUCUGGCCUGGCCGACUCAUCUCUCCUGGUGGGCUCUAGUUAUAGGUCUACUGAUCUCUAUCGUUUGGACAAUACCAAUUGGGGUUAUAUACGCCACCACAAACAUUCACCUUGGAUUGAACGUUUUCACAGAAUACAUCAUAGGAUACAUGCAACCAGGACGUCCAGUGGCAAUGAUGUUAUUCAAAACCUACGGAUACAUAACCAUGAACCAAGCGCAUGCUUUCUUGGCCGACCUCAAACUAGGACAUUACCUCAAGAUCCCCCAGCGUGUUACAUUCUUUGGUCAAGUCAUUGGCGCAGUCUGGUCCUGCUUCGUUCAACUAGCUGUAAUGGAGUGGGCUUUGGGGCAUAUCAGCGACAUCUGCAAGUCCGGCCAAGCAAACAACUUCACCUGCCCAAACGCCCGCGUAUUUUUCAACGCAUCUGUGAUCUUCGGGCUCAUAGGACCCAAGAGAAUCUUCUCUGGAGAUGCAACCUAUGCUGGUCUGCAAUGGUUCUGGCUUGCUGGCUCCGUAACACCAUUUCUGAUAUAUUUUGGAGCGAGAAUGUUCCCUCGGUCGAAGAUACGAUUCUUCAGCGCACCUAUCUUCUUUGGAGGAAUGCUGCAACUGCCUCCGGCUACUCCAUUAUCAUAUCUUUCGUGGUGCAUCGUUGGAUUCGUAUUUCAGAAAUUAAUCCGGAACAGAUUCAGGGGAUGGUGGAUGCGAUUCAACUACAUCACGAGUGCCGGGAUGGAUGUAGGGUUGGCGAUAUGCACGAUUCUGAUAAUUGCUGCUUUAAAUUUGACUACGACGACAUUUCCAGAUUGGUGGGGAAAUAGGGCGCCGGCCGGGACGCUAGAUUAUCUUGAGACGGCAUUUCAGAAGAAGGUUGCCAAGGGCAGUACGUUUGGGCCUGCAACGUGGAGUUGA